UCAAUCGAGACAGAGAUUAUGUGCUGAACUAGCGUUUAAGGUUGCAGUGGCUCUGUAGAUUGACACCAGGCGCUGCGAUGACGCACCUCAUGCCGAGUCACAACUGGACACGCAGACAACCUUCCUUCGACACAAUAGAAGACCCCUAUGGUGACAAUGGAGGGCAAUUCUCAGCCUGUCGACGACACCUCCCCAUUCCCCCUACCUCGGGUCACCAUCAAGUUCUGCACCCAGUGUAAGUGGAUGCUCCGAGCUGCCUACUUCGCCCAAGAGCUCCUAUCCACCUUCUCGACCUCCCUCGGCGAAGUCGCCCUGCAGCCCGCGACGGGCGGCGUCUUCGUCGUCGAGAUAACCCACCUCGCCCCGGCCACCACCCAGCAGAGCAGCCGAGUCCUCUGGGACCGCAAGACCGACGGCGGCUUCCCCGAGACCAAGGAGCUCAAGCGCCGCGUGCGCGACGCAAUCGACCCGACCCGGGACCUCGGCCACGUCGACCGCGACUACCACCACCGGGCCCCUCCGCCCCCGCCUUCCUCCUCCUCCACGACCACCAGCAAUAACCCAGCAGCAGCAGCAGCAGCAGCAGCAGCAGGGGCAGGAGCCAUGUCCCCGGACCAGACCACCACCGCCACCACCACAUCCCCCCCAGCUCCGGCAACAGACCCGGCGUUCGCGGCGAGAACGACCGGCGUCAAGCCUUUGAUGCCGCCGCCGCCGGCGCGGCUGCAGGCGGCGGCGGAGGCGCGGCUGGACGAGGCGGCGCGGCGGAGGGCUGCGCGGGAGGCUGGGGCCGAGGAGGAGGGGGCGGCGCGGCGGGGGGGUGAGAAGGAGAAGGGCGAUGGGGGAGGGGGGAGGGCGGGGUGUGAGGACUGUCAGUGA